UUGUCGCAGCCAUUUUUCUUGUUGUGGCCGAUGUGUUGGUAGUUGGUGUGCAUUCACAGUUGUAGAUUAAUCUGUUACCGGUAUUUCUUUUACAAUUUGACUUGUCCUUACGGUUUAUUGUGUCUUAAAAGUUGUAAAAGAAAUCGUCGACAAAAAGUAAGCGACAUGGCGCAGUACAAGGGAGCAGCCAGUGAGGCUGGGAGAGCCAUGCAGCUCAUGAAGAAACGAGAAAAAGAAAGAGAACAGCUCGAACAGCUGAAGCAGAAGAUUGCCGAGGACAACAUGGUCAAGUCUAAUAUUGAUAAGAAGUUCUCCGCUCAUUAUGAUGCUGUCGAGGCCGAGCUUAAGUCCAGCACUGUUGGUCUGGUGACACUGAAUGACAUGAAGGCCAAGCAGGAGGCGCUGGUCAAGGAGCGAGAGAAACAGCUGGCCAAGAAGGAGCAAUCGAAGGAGCUCCAGCUCAAGCUUGAGAAGCAAAAAGAGAAGAAGAGGAAGGAGGAACAGAAGAGAAAAAUAGCCAGCUUGUCUUUUAAUCCAGAAGACGAAGGAGAAGAGGAGGAGGAGGAAGAGGAGGAAAAUGAAGAGGAGGAGCUGGAUUACGCUCCAGUUAAGAAGAAGAAACUUGGGAAAAAUCCAGAUGUGGACACAAGUUUCUUGCCUGAUCGAGACCGAGAGGAGGAGGAGAAUCGUCUCAGAGAGGAGCUCAGACAGGAAUGGGAGCUCAAACAAGAGAAAAUUAAGAGUGAGGAGAUUGAGAUCACAUUCAGCUACUGGGAUGGUUCUGGACAUCGUAAGACUGUCAAGAUGAAGAAGGGUAAUACAAUCCAGAACUUUCUGCAAAGAGCCCUGGAGGUCCUCAGGAAAGACUUCAGUGAGCUCAGGUCUGCUGGAGUGGAGCAGCUGAUGUACAUCAAAGAGGAUCUGAUAAUCCCACAUCACCACAGUUUUUAUGACUUCAUUGUGACCAAAGCCAGAGGCAAGUCUGGUCCUCUUUUCAGCUUUGACGUCCACGAUGAUAUCCGACUGGUUAACGACGCCACAGUAGAGAAAGAUGAGUCUCAUGCAGGUAAGGUGGUGCUGAGGAGCUGGUAUGAGAAAAACAAACACAUCUUUCCUGCGAGUCGCUGGGAGCCGUACGAUCCCGAGAAGAAGUGGGACAAAUACACGAUCCGGUGAAAAAGGCUGUCUCCUCGGCUCUCUGGAAUCUCUCACACGGACUUUUAAUGAUGUUUUCCCAAUUUAUUUUACUCCAAUACAACAUAGUGCGUCAAGGCUUCACAACCUGUCAACUUUAUUUUACUACUUAUUUGACAGGCUGUUUUUUUUUUCCAAUUGUGUUUGACUGAAUGCAAUGUUUCCUGUGAAAACGACCUCACAUUUAUUUGUAAAUAGCUCAUGAACAUGUAUUAGCAUCUGUGCUCAAUAAAAAAAAAAAACUGUCAAUGACUAC